CCGCAGCUGCGUGUGACUACAUUUGGAGCGGCAGUCCGGUGGUGAAAGGCCAGUGGGGAGGGACCGCCGGUCUGGGGAAGGACAGUGGCAUCACUCAUGCCCACUUCUCACGGCGCGCAGUGCACGAGCACUGUCUCACCCACCAAGGAACAGCUUGUUCUGCAGCCUCCGAUUGGUGGACUCUCAGCAGAGAAAGUCUUUAGGUCCAAUGGAAUCUGAAUUUUACUGGAGGAAAGUUUGGCUAACGUGUUUUGCCUUAGAUGAAAAGUGGAGAACGAACAACCCAUCUGCUUUCUAUUCCUAAAUGCUUUUCAAUUAUUCGAGGAGCAGAUAAUCGACUGAAUCCUUCUGAGGGACACGGACACCAUGGAGAACCCAGUCCUGGAGCCCAGAUCAGAGCGGAUUGCUCGCUAUAAAGCUGAGAGGAGGCGAGAACUGGCCGAGCGCUUUGGCAACAUGGAGGAGCUACCUUCCAAGUGGGUGAGGAGGGAUGGGAAAGAGGUGCAUGACCCAGCGACUCAAGCCCAUAGAGGGAAUUUGAACUCAGAUGGCCUCAGUGAAAGAGUUAACGGCAGAGCGCGAGGGGUUACAAAUGGAUUAGAGGAUCCUGCAGAGUCCAACAACUUGAGAAGGCAGGGUUCCCCGGACUCUGCCAGCAUGCUGAGUGGGGAGGGGCACCUCGUUCCUCUUGGACUCGAUUCCACACAGCUUCACACUCGAGUGUCGGUGGGCCAGUUGAGAAGUGCUCUUCUGCAGCAGACGGGGAGCGGAGCGCAGCCCGAGAAAGUUUGCCCUGAUGCUGGGCGAGCCACGUCCUCUCUGGACCUGGCUGUGAAGCCGGGCUCUGACGGGGGGCGGCGACGCACCCAGCGCUACCUCCCCGGCGGGUUAGGUGGCGGUCGCAAGACCAGCGAACGCUUCAGGACACAGCCGAUCACAGCCAAUGAGAUGGAGGAGAGCCAUGGCCUGUUGGACGCAGAGGAAGAGGAGAACUGUAAAGCUGAUGUGAAAACAGACGACCGAGCCAAAAUGAGUGUGGCAGCCAAGAUGUCUUUGUUUAAAGAGCUUGAGAAGUCUGCUGCCCCUGAGGCCUCGACCUUCCUGAAACCUCGCUCGGGCAGUGUCUCUCAUGAGCGCAGGGUGCGCCGUGGCAACGACCAUCGCUUUUUAACCCAGCCAAUCACCUGUGAGGAAAUCGUGGCAAUCAGCGCCCCCAAACCAGCACCAACAGUGGAGUCCCAGUCUGUGCAGGCUGAGUCAGUGGAGGAUGCGGAUGAGAACUGCAAACUGAGCAUGAGUGAGAAGCUGGCCCUCUUCAACAAACUGUCCCUGCCAGGGAGGCAAGGGGGCAGCCCCGCUGAUGGCCCCCCAGAGAGACGAAGGCAAAAGGGGGCUCGGUACCGCACACAACCCAUCACUGUGGAGGAGGUCAACCUGCUCCAAGAAGGCCCCGUACAGCUUCCUGCAUUCUAUUUGUCCCCUCAUCUGUCCGACAGACAGCAGGCCUCGUCUGUCAACCUAAAACCCAGUGAGAUACGCCUUUCCAAGCAAAGACCUGACACCGGUCUUGUGCCUGGAGAGCCUAGUUGCCCUACCCAGCAGGGCCAGCAGGGCCUGCAGCGCCACGACUCUGAGCCCGUCUUGAGAGGAAUCCUGAAGAAGAGUUGCUCUGGAGGAUCAGAGUGGAGCAGGACGGAUGGCGGUCAGAUGGAUACACCAACCAGCCAUGAACAGAAUGGUGGAGGUUGUGAAGAAGCAGGGAUACAAGGAAGGAGGGAGAACACAGAGCAGCAGGAAAUGUCUGCAGCACCGCGGAGAGAGAGACGCAAGGCUUCAGGUGUGGAGGGAGGCUCGCUGACUGCCGCUCCCUGGAGGCAGAGGGCUCGAACCAGGAGGGAAACCAUUGCCUGUACACCAAUAAGAGCCUUGUCAGAGCAGGACGCUCCUCAGGAGGAGAGGCCCUGCCAGAUGAAGCUGCAGGAACAGCUGGUUCCCUCUGUGGAACACAGCUCAGAUACUACUGGGAGAGUUCAGAAGCAGAAUGAGGAAGAGAGUGUGAGGAGGAUGAAUGAAGAAACCCACGCCAUAGGACAUAUUCAAGUCACACUGGCAGAUGACACCGUUAAACUGCAGGAGACAACCGACACCAGCAGAAUUAAAGAAGGGACAGAAAACCUUUAUGUGGAGAGUGUCAACCCUCAGUGCUGGGAACCCGUCUUUGCCUCUGUCUAUUCUAGCAGUACACCCCAAUAUAUCAUGUGUUUCAAUCAGACAAAUCUGUCCUUUGAGGCACAAGAAGUCUCCUCUCCUACCAAGAACCAGAUUCAGCCUCAGUGGAGACAGAAGUCUAAGGAAGUUGAUGACGGGAUGGACCAAGUCGAGGAAUUGAAUACAGAGCAGAAAAGGAAACAGCAAGAGGCUGGAUGUAUGGCCAAGAGAGAGAUCUCCAUGCAGACUGGGAUAGAGUUUGAAGCUCCACAGGGCUCUCCGCUCUCAGUGGCUCCACAUGAGGUGAAGGAGGAGACGCCUGUGGAUGAAUCAAACACGUUUGAUGCUGGUUUCUACAGCGAUCAGCCCUCUCCCUCCAUCUGCGCCCCCCCACCCUCUGGAGAUGUCGCUGCUGCUGAGAGUGAGCAGGACCUGGGUGUCCUCUGCCAGACCAACACACCCAUACUGACCUCAGCGGUAGCAGAGCACCGGCGGUCGGUGCGUCCGUCCCGUCGGACUCAGGGCUCCAGAAACCCUCUGAGGGCUCUCGCUGCCCGGGACGACAUCAGGCAGGACUACAUGGGAGAGAGAGUCAACACAGCUGCUGAGGAGAGCACCCAAGCAGAGAAGAAGUCCAAGAACUCCUCAGUGGCUGAUUCACAUCUUUCCAGAUCAGAAGACCUUGUCUCUUCCUCAGAUGCUACCAAGUCUUCUCCUCCCUUCAGCAGCUUGAUGCUCAUUCACAUCAAAGGUAGGCGGCAUGUCCAGGUGCGUCUGGUGGAGCCCUCGGCGCAGUCACUGAACAGUGGAGACUGCUUCCUGCUGGUCACCCCGGAGCACUGCAUCCUGUGGAGCGGAGAGUUUGCCAAUGAACAAGAGAAGGCCAAGGCUUCUGAGCUGGCAUCAUCCAUCCAGAGUCAGAGGGAUCUCGGCUGUCAGGCCCCCCAGAUGGUCCACCUGGAGGAGGGGCUGAACUGUGACAGCAGCCUAGCUGCAGACUUCUGGAGCCUUCUAGGAGGAAGGACACAAUACAGAGGAGCCAGUGCAGAAGAGGAGGAUGAGAUCUACGAGCGUGGUGUGGUGGAGUCCAACUGUGUGUACAGGCUUGUGGAGAACAAACUGGUGCCUCAUGAACAGGCCUGGGCUUCCAUCCCCAGUAUCUCCCUGCUGGGCUCCACUGAGGCCCUGGUGUUUGAUUUCGGCAGUGAGGUGUACCUGUGGCAUGGACAGGAUGUUUCCCUCAGCAGGAAGAAUGUUGCUCUCCAGCUGACUCACCAAGUGUGGGUCGGAGCUUAUGACUACACCAACUGUCGAGUCAAUCCACUGGAUCCCACGCAGUGUAACCCGAACACACAGCUGAGGGGAGAGGGGCGUCCCAGCUGGGCGUUGUUCGGUUGUGUCUCAGAGCACAGUGAGACAGCUCUGUUCAGGGAGAAGUUCCUGGACUGGACAGGCAGGAGUGGAGGCAUGGAGGAAGCUGCUGCGGUGAGCAAGAAGACACAGCCCAUCCCAGUGCAGUCUUCCCAGUCCGUGUCCCUAUCACCAGAUGUCCUGAGCGCCUGUGACGCAAAGGCUCUAGUUUCGGGUCAGUCACUGGAAGGGGACAGCCUGGUCCAUAAUGUGUUGGCUGGCGUUGAUGUCCAGAGGGGUCACGGGGUCAUCACGCUGGAGGGAGGACGUCAGAUGGAGCUGAAAACCGUUGCUGUGGACACCUGGCAUGUCCAGGAGUUUGAUGACAGUGAAAUUCCCGUAGAAAUCACCGGACAGCUUUACGAAGGAGACUCCUACGUCAUCCGCUGGACGUACAGCAUCAACACUGUUGAUGACAUGAACAGCACUGAUGAGUGUAGCAGAGGUCCCGGACAAAAAGAAUACAGUGCCUUCUUCCUGUGGCGGGGCCGUGACUCCAGUGUCAGCGGACGGGACACUGCUGCUUUCCUGUCUAUUGGGAUAAACAACCAUGAAGACUCGCAGGUGGUGGUACCUCAGGGAAAGGAACCUCCCUGUUUUCUGCAGCUUUUCCAGGGAGGCCUGACCAUUCACAAGGGCAAGCGAGAGGAGCCCUCCACGAAUGCAGCAGAGUGGCGUCUGUUCUGUGUGCGAGGAGAGCUUCCAGAGGAAGGCUCUUUGUUAGAAGUGGAUUGCUGCUGUGCAGGCCUGAGGUCCAGGGGCUCUGUUGUCCUGCUCAAUAGCCAGCAGGGAAUACUGUAUCUCUGGACUGGCUGUAAAGCUCCUAGCAGCUCCAGAGUGGUCAGCAAGAGGGCAGUGGAGCAUCUCACUCAAAUGUGUCCAUUAGAGUUGGGUCUCAGUAAAAGCAGUCCUGUGACAGUGCACGUAGUGGAGGAAGGUUCGGAGCCUGCAGACUUCUGGACAGCGCUGGGACAAAUGGACAGGAAGGCCUACGACUGCAUGCUACAAGAUCCAGGAAAGUAUAACUUUACACCUCGCCUCUUCCACCUGAGCGCCUCCUCUGGGAGUUUCCAGGCCGAAGAGCUGCUGAGUCCAACGCGGCUGCCGGGGCUUGUGAUGGCAAUGCCCUUUGUCCAGGAGAGUCUGUACUCUGUACCACAGCCGGCCUUGUUCCUGCUUGACAACCGUCUGGAGGUCUACCUGUGGCAGAGGGGUCAGCCCGAGCAGACGGAGAGCUCGGCUUCAGCUUGGGGCUGCUGGCAUGACGAGAGGAGGUGUGCCAUGCAGACGGCAUUGCAGUACUGCAAAGAGAUGAACCCAAGGCGGCCACCACAGGCCUACCUCAUCUUUGAGGGGUUAGAACCUCUCACCUUCACUAACGUGUUCCCCCGCUGGGAAAGGAGCCUGGGACCCCACACACAGGGUGAUGCGGGGCGGGUGAAGCUGACCUUGGUGCAGGACGCCCUGGCCCAGCUCAUGAAGACCCAGUACCCUCUGGAGGAGCUGCUGCGGAGCCCAUUACCUGAAGGAGUGGACCCCCAGCGCCUGGAAGUCUACCUGUCUGAUCAAGACUUCCAGACUAUUUUGGAAAUGAAGAGAGAUGAAUAUGAUUCCCUCCCAGACUGGAAGCAAAUUGAUCUGAAGAAAAGCAAAGGGCUGCUUUGCUAGACAGGGAAAAACAAAUGGAGGCUGACUGACGCUCCUGCAGCAGGGACUUCCUCCUCUGCAAAGAAAGGAAGAUGGCAGGGGGGGUAUUAGCACCAUGUUGCUGCACAAAGGACUGCUUCCAACGUAAUAAAAA